AUGCUCUGCUUUUUCUUGUGCCCUCGCAGCUGUGUUGAGCUGUUUGCUCUAUUGCUGUUCGUCUACUGCCUUUGCAGCUUGGGCUCAGUCUCUGGUUCCCAACGGAUUGGUAAUAGGCGAGAGCGUAGGCAAGGUCCAGUCCUGAACGUACUGGUGCAGGGCGCGACGAAAGGAGUGUGCUUGAAUCUAUCAUCCAAUGCACCUCUCAAAGACGUCUGGUUUCAGCUACGUCGUCGCCACCUUGUCCCAGCCAUAACCGACUCGUUGAACGGCUACGUGUUCUAUCCGUCUUACUCCAAACGUCCCAUCGACUUCGAUCAAACGCUCGGCGACAUAAGAUUUGAGGACGGCACCCACCUGUACGUCUGCUUCAGGCUACGCGGAGCAAACAACCAGCCUGCCUACACUCAAGGAAACGUUGGCUCGUCUACAGUUGUCGAAAGCUCAAAUGACGAUUCUGAUUUGACAGAUUUGACGGACAGUGAACCUGAAUGCAACGACAAUUCCCCCAAGGAAGCCGUCGUUUCCGCAUCCAAUGCACCCAUCCAGCCUAGAAACAUGUCGCCUAUCGUUCCUGAUGGUUUGCCUGAAUACGCCUGCGAUCCGGACGACUCCACCCCUGUGGCACCCGUUGAUGCCAACGGUCUCGAGUGGGACGUUAACACCGGUGCGUCCGCCGCAUCCAUCGACUCUGACGGUCUUGAAUGGAUCGCCAAUGCGCCCGGACUGGCCGAUGCGAUUGCAGAAGAGCUAGACAAACUGCUACCCGCAGACCCACGAUUUGCCCGCGCCGGACAUCUACAGCACCGAUGCGUAUCCUCUCCUGUGUCACUCAAGGACGUGGUGAUGAUUCGCGCCUGCUCCAAAGACCAAACCGAUCUCAAUCGCGAUCCAGCUGUUCGAAGGACCUACCGAAGGAAUAAUGCGGGUAGGCUGGAGAGUAUGGAUACCCCGAUUCCUUCCCGUGUAAAAGUGCGAGGCUGUCCGCAGGUCUUGGAUGACAAAGGCAAACGGCCUCUCAUUGACCAGUCCAGUCUUCAUGCGCCUCCUUUCAAGCGAUGCCGGACAUCAAACAACGACUCUUUGUCUGCAUACGUACCGGGUGCCACUGAGAUGUCAGAUUCCAGUGACGGGAGGACAUCUUACUGGGCAGGCGGUUUAGCCAACGGCAUUCCAUCGUGCUUUGGACGCCAACCUUACUCCGCCUCUAGUGAAAAUGGUUCGUCGUCUGAACGUUUUAUCGCCGCCCCGUCAAGGCCAUCCCAUACACCUCUCCCGUCCACAGCUGCACGACAGCAUCCGAACAUCCCUGGUCAGGCCGUACCGAUGGGUUUCCCAAUACCACCGCCCCGGAAUUCAAUGACCAUGCAGGAACUUGAAGCCAAGAUCAGCCAGAAGAACGAGAAGAAGAAGAAUCAGAACGCAUACAGGAGCCGCAAACGCCUGCAGGCAAAGACGGUAAACCGUGCUGAGCAGAUAUCGACCAACCUCCAAUUCGACUCGCUUUCCAUUUCAAGUACUGGAUGGAUGGGAAGGAGGUUCGACGGCCGAGAGAAUGCGCAGAUGAAAAAGAGGUGGUCAGAUCGUACCAUUGAGAGCGAUAUGGUGGAUUUUCAGCGAGUUCCUUUCCGAGAGAAUUUGAGGACACAGCCCGCAACGGACAUCCGGGAUUGUGAAGGUCGCCUAAUAUGCAAGAGGUCGAUGUUCCGGUCUUGUAUGCUACGCCUACUGCCACAGUUGCAGGCUGAAGCUGUGUUGUUUUGGUCCGCGACUACCCUGUACACGCUUGCCCCUGGUGUUGUCCAUAGUCGAGGACCGCACAAGUUCACCAUCUUCGGCCACGAUCGCAACAAUAAGAAGGUACCCGCUUUAAACCCUUGGCAUGUCAAGAACAAGACCGCACUCGACGCGUUUUUCGCUCCCGGUAGUGCCAUCUAUCAAAUACAGGCCAUGGGGAUGAGGUUUCUGGAAGUCAGUUUCCCAGAAAUCGUCGCCCGGUAUAAGGAAUGCCAUCAAACCAUAGGCAAGACUUAUGGCAUAUGGCCCAUGUAUGGUUUAUUUUAUAAUUUCUGUUUGAAUGGCGCGAGGCCGGGAACGGUGAGCCGUGUAUAUUGCGAACCUCACGUAGACUGGAAGAACAUUGCCAUUGGAGUAUGUCUGGUAUUCGUAUACGGUAAUUUCGACCAUAAACGAAAGGCGUGGCUUGUAAUAUGGGAGGCUGGCGUCAUCAUCGAGAUCCCAGCCGGAGUUUUCGUGGCCUAUCCAUCUUCGUUAUUCUAUCACUUCAACUGGGACAUCGAGGUGGUCACCACAGAGGACGGUUCUCGUCCAACUCGGGAAAAUAGUCAGCCGUUGGACGGCACUGAUGGGAGAGGCUCGGCUGUGUGGUUCAACCAGGCAACGAUGUUCCAGUCCGCGGAAACAGGAUAUGACACCAUGGUGCAGGCCAAAGCUGCUGGUGCGGACACCACAUGUAAAUUCUCGAAGGACAGCUUCCCAUCCCUUGCAUCCCGUUCGGUUUGGGUCCAAGGCCUGCAUGUGUUCCAUAGCGCUUCGAACUUCGGUUUCACCACGUCCUUUACACCAACACAUCCAGCCGGUUCUACUAUCGACUGCCUACGUCCUACUGUUCAAGCCUCUCCUCGGUCUACUAAUAUGGCUAGAAUAUCUUCGAGUAUCAUGUCUGGGUCCUUCGCCCUAGCACAUUCCGUCCAGUCUCACAUGGAGGAUUACACGGACGAAGCGAUCGCACCUGUUUUGAUACAACUGCAUCGCUUACGGUCUCUGGUCUUCAAGCCCAAUCUUCUUACGUGGGAUUCAGGCCAGAUGGAGAUCAUGGACACGGCUCUUAGUACGAUGCUUGCUGACGUACGGGAACGGCGCAACAAUCUCGGCCUGGACCCCAGCUGUGUCGGUACCCAUACCCUGCCAGAAGAAAUCCUCUGCAUGCGUCAAGAAUCUUCUGUCUAUAUUACGGGUAUGCAGGAGAUGGUAUCGUGUCGCAUCGGGAAAGGCGAGUAUCUGGAGAGGUAUCGACCUGGACAUUAUUCCUCGCAAAUUCCUUCAUUCGUGGCUGGAUCGGUAGUCAGCCUGACCUUAAGGGCGAAUUGGUAUCUCGGGGCAGAACACCGAGACCACAUUAACUCCGCUACCUUUCCAAACGUUCUUCACCUCUACAUCGUCGACUACCCAGCGCCGGACAUCAUCUUCUCUCCUCCUCCCAUAUCCGGGUUCACAUAUCUACGCACCCUUGAAGUGCAGUGCGAAUGGGAGUUCUGGGCCAUAGAAAGAUCGCUCCCCCUCCACAUCGAAGACCUCACUAUCAACAUUCACGGCGUUGACACACUGUCUCGUUCCCGGCUCGCCAACUCCGUUGGCCAUCUUCGUCACCUUCGUCGCUUCGUCUUCAACACAGGCAUACGGUUUCUCGCAUCCAACGCGGACCCGAGGAUGUGGCUCCCGGCACUCGAAUACGUCCAUCUCAUUUUGAAUCCCCGUUAUCAUCAUCUCAUACUGGACAUACUUCCCACAUUCAACGUCCGCGCUUACCACCUCCUUCUCCGUGAAACUGAGGGAGAGAUGAUAUUUAAUGGGCCAAAGGAACUCACUUCGUCAUUGGGCACCAUACUUCAAGGCCGUACGACCUUCUUCACCCGGGUACGAUUUACCCUCGGAUUAAAACGUCCUAUCAUGUCUUUCGAAGGAGCGGACCACUGUUCGGUGAGCGUCGAGGAGCACGGUCCGUUUGGUACACGCCUCGCCCUGUUGCUCGAUCUUUUGGACGCCCGCUGCAUCCGUGAGGUGGUACUGGCCGAAGAUUCCAGGGGCAACCCUCGCUUUUACGGUAUGGGAGAGGCUUAUAUCCUUCUACGCUGGGUAGAGCAUUUGGUUCUUGAGGGGGAAGUGGGACCGGAGGCCAGUCGAUUGUUGAUAGGUCUAGGUGGAAAGGGUAGCCAUAUCAUAUUCCCGGACGAGUCCUCUUACUCUAUCAAGUGGCUGUCUCUAUCUUCCAUUCAUUUACACGGCGUAGAUGAUGGUCUAUUCUACUCCAGCCACUUUGAGGGUAUGCAGGGGCUCUGCCUUGCUGUUUGGUCUAUGGGACGGGAAGGCUUGCCUUUGCAAACCGUCAGAAUCACGAAGACCGAACUUCGUGAGUCCGCGUUCAAGAAGUUGGAAGAUGUCAUACCCAACGUUAUUGUUGAGUCGAACUAUGAAGGGGAAGAAUAUGAGCCUCCAUGUGUCUUUGACUUUACACCACUCAGUUCAAAGAGAAAACGCAUUGUUGCUGCACUGUCUACCAUGACACAUGACGCGACCUCCAGUCCUGUUUCCGUUACCGGCGGCCGGUUGGCUAUCCGGAUCCAUUGA